AUGCGGACCCCGCUGAGCCCCGCGCUGCUGCUGCUGCUGCUGCUGCUCUGCGGCCCCGUCCUGCUGCGCUCUGCAUCCCCCCGCUGUCCCCCGCUGAUGCUGCAGCUGCUCCGCGCUCCCCCCGCACCGCUCCGCGCCGCCGCCACCACCGCGCUCAGCAUCGCCCCGCACGGCUCCCUGCAGAACGGCUCCCGCUGGGCACUCUCCUUCGACAUGACGUCCCUGUCCGGCAGCCAGGAGGUGAGCCUGGCCGAGCUGCGCGUCCGCCCGCACGCUCUGUCCUUGCCCAUGUCCCACGACGUAGCCGUGGACAUCUACCACAGCCCGCGGCCGCCGUCCCGGGGCACCAAGGAGCUCUUCCUGGGCACCGUGGCCGGUGGCCCCUCAUCCCACCAGGCAGGCUGGGCAGUGUUCAACAUCACCAGCAUGCUCAGGGCGUGGCUGCACCAGGACGCAGCUCCUGAUCCUACAGCCGCCCCGGUCACUGUCCCACCAGGCACAAGUCACCCCGACCCCCAGGAGACGGCGGUGCCCCGGGAGCUGGCGGACAGCGUCCUGCUGCUCGUCUUCUCCAAGGACAAAGCACCCGGAGAGCACAGCCUCCUCAGGACGGUGGAGAGCUCCAAGCACGUCAUGCACGAUGGUGGCCCCAGGGACGUCGGCUCCCGCCGGCACCGCCGCACCAGGAAGGAGAGGCAGAGGAUCAGGGUGAGCGAUGCUCCCGCAGCCAGCCCGGGGGACGAGGCCAGGUCCCUGUGCAGGAGGGUGGACAUGACGGUGGACUUCGAGCAGACGGGCUGGGGCAGCUGGAUCGUCUACCCCAAAAAAUACAACGCCUACCGCUGCGAGGGGCUGUGCCCAUCACCUGUAGACGAGAGCUUCAAGCCCACCAAUCACGCGUACAUGCAGAGCCUGCUGCAGCUCUACAAGCCCAGCCAGGUGCCGUGCCCUGCCUGCUCGCCCAUCAGGAUGAGUCCCCUCUCCAUGCUGUACUAUGAGAAGGGUGAGAUCGUCGUCCGCCACCACGAGGACAUGAUCAUCGAGGAGUGCGGCUGCAACUGAGGGGGCCCUGUCCCCUGUGCACCGAGCCCACAGCUCCUCUGCGUCCCACGUGCCUGCAGGUCUGGCUGUGAUGGGACAGGAGUGGGGACGCAGCAGGGAAUGUCCCCUGCAGUGGCAGUGCUGCGGGGCACGGACUGACCCAGGUGACGCGUGGGGAGGUCACU